AUGGAGUCGACUUCCGACGUGAUCGUCGUAGGCGCUGGGCUAAGUGGCCUCCAAGCCGCCCUCGAUCUGCACUGCUCCUGUCGGUCCGUUGUCGUUCUGGAAGCUCGAGAUCGUGUCGGCGGCAAGCUCAGAACCGUUCAACGUCCGGACGGCAAGGGGUUCCAAGAGUUCGGCGCUGCAUGGCUCAACGACACCAACCAACAGCACAUGUGGAACUAUUGCAGGCAGUUCGGUUUGACUCCGGUGGUUCAGAAUAUCAUCGGUGCGGUGGCAUGCGAAGAUGCGCAAGGGAAAGUCCAGUCGGUCCCCUUCAAUACCCUCCCAGAAUUCUCUCAAGUGGACAACGACAGCAUAAAAUCAAUCCGAGACAAGUUUGAAGCCGCAUCUUUCGACCCGGAAAGUUUCAAAGAACCCAGACGGACAGAAUUGGACAACAUCACAUUCGAGCGAUGGUGCGUUCGGAACGGUGCCACAGAGGUUGCCCUCCGCACCGCGACAGUCUGGACCCGUGGCACCCUGGGUCAGGACCCGUGUGACGUUUCUGCGUUGGCCUUCCUCGAGAUCGCGCGUGGAGCACUCGGCAUAGUCAACCUGCGGUACGACGGCAAACACGGUCCACAGCACCUACGUCUCCAGGAGGGUACGCAGGCCGUCCCGGUCGGCAUGGCAAAACUACUCCCGACAGGCACCAUCCGAUUGAACAGUGCCGUCAGAUCGAUCUCGAGGCGCGCUCCCCUCGAGUACGUCGUCACCACGAUCCACGGACGACGACAUCAAGCGCGGAAGGUCAUAAUCAGCAUUCCCGGUCCGGCGUACAAGACAAUCACAUUCGAGCCUGCCCUUCCCGGUCCGAUGGAGUCAUACAUUGCGUCGGUGAGAUUCGGGUGCUACGUCAAAUACAUCUGUCUUUUCAGGACACCAUUCUGGAGAGAAAAGGGCUUUUGUGGGCUAUCGCAAAGUUUCAAGGGGCCGCUGAACCACACCCGCGACACGUCGGUCGACUCGCAGGGAAAUUACGCCCUGACCUGUUUCGUCACCUCGACCCCGGCGAGGAGCUGGUUGAGACUGAGUGAUCGGGACCGCAGAGAAGCCGUGCUCCGGCAGCUUGGCUCCUUGUUCACCGUCGGCUACGACAAGGUCAAGGAGGAGCUCCUGGGCACUAUCACGUCGGAUUGGCACCAGGAUCAGUGGGCAGGUUGGGGAUGUCCCUUUGCUUGUCCCCCACCGGGUGUGAUCGGCGGCGGCGGUACCGGAGGUCUAUGCAACCCUCGGUUUGGCGGCAUCACAGCGGUCGGUACCGAAUUUACAAACGAGUGGCGAGGAUACAUGGAAGGAGCAGUGCGGAGUGGAAAGCGAGGUGCUUCCCUGGUCUUGUCCGACUUACAAGGUGAAGACAACAAUCUAUAG